UAUCUUGGAUCGGAGGGCCAGUUGAAGUCGCCCACAUGGGUAUAAACUCAUACAAAGAGUCAAUUUGCAAAAGUUCGGGUGCGAUUUACGAACUCACAGAAACCGAACGAUGUCGUCUCAUGGGAACGCAUCGAACGCCAACGAUCCUCGGCUGCCAUCGGCGGCGAGGCCCUACGUUCCGCAGCCGGUGGCUCCUCAGGAUCUGCCCGUCGAUUACUCCGGAUUCAUCGCCGUCAUGUUCGGUGUUGCUGGUGUCAUGUUCAGGUACAAGCUGAGCUCUUGGCUUGCCAUCAUAUUCUGUGCCCAAUCGCUUGCGAACAUGAGAAACAUCGAAACCGAUCUAAAACAGGUCUCCAUGGCCAUGAUGUUUGCUGUUAUGGGAUUGGUGACAAACUACCUGGGGCCUCGGCCACCAACCAAAAGUUGAGAUUCCAUGGAUCAGAGAUUGGAUGUAAUAUAAUAAGGUUUCCUUAUAUUUUGACUCGUAGUUUCUUUGAUUUAGAGAGAAAUGUUGAAAUUUGAUUCUCAAAUAUGAAGACAAAGUUAGCAUCUCAGGUUUGGAAAUUCCAUUUUACCUCUUUGGUGAUUCUGCA